GCCCUCACACACACACACCCCACACGCUCAUCACACACCACACGCCACACACUCCACGUCCACCACCCUCCCCACACUCUACACUAAGUCACCCACUCUGCCUCGAAUCCCCCCUCACGCACCUCGUCCCGCAUCGUGCCGUGGGUCAUGGCCUCCUCGUCGCGCUGGUCGUCUGGCUCGUGGUCGCCCAAGACGCCGCCGGAACCGAUGGCUGGCAUCAGUAGAGUCAAGAUGGCGGAGAGGUCUAGCAGUGCAUCUGGUCCAAGCUCACGCUCGCUGCCGCCUGCGUAUACGGGUCAUGCUGUUCAGGAGGGCUGGUCCGAGGGCAAUCAGACGCUGGUGGGCGAUGCGGCGACGGCGCUCAAGUACCUCUGGGCCGCCACCCGCAAGGAGAAGCGCAACUGGAUGGUCGGCGUCUUUACUGUGGCGCUGGUCGUCUUCUUUGUCACUGUCCUCCGCAACAAUGUCGAACGCUCGCCACUCAUCUUCUGGCGCCUGGCCGAGCUCUCGGCCGGCGAGACCGACGCCCUGCUCACGCCGACGAGCUCAGCCCGGAGUGCCCGCCCGGGCGAAUCACCGCUGCUCGACCCGGCCAUGUCUGACGGCGUGCCGUUGGUCAACUUCACCCACAUACGGCAGCAGUGGGAGGAAUUUCGCAAUCUACACGGCGAGUCGGCCCUUGUCUCGUCGAUUGUGCCGCGGUGGUACCUCCUCGGUCGCGUGCGCAACCGCGACGUGCCGACCCGAGUCUCGUCGGCCAUCUUUGUUGUCUAUGACUCGCACAAGGAGCUGGCCGCCGGCAUCGGCCGCAACUUUAACCACCGUGCAUUGGGCGAGGCCGAGACCCAUGUGUCGUCGCCGCUGCUGCGGACGCUUGGCCUCGGCGCCAACCGCGGCGACCGCAUCCUGCUCUCGCUCGAGGCCGACCAGCUCCUCCCGCUACUCAACGUCGAGUCGGUCGGCUUUAAUCUUGAUCUUCUCGCGCAGCUGCUCAACAACCCGAUCGGCCUCCUUGCUGGCGCUCCCGGCGUGGCUGUCGAGACCGGCGACGUUGAUGUCGAUGUCAACACAACGGUGAAUACCGGCGACACAGUCGACUUUGGGCAGAACACCCUGUUGCCGUUCCUCUCCGGGCUCGGCCUCAACACCUCGGUCCUCACGCCUCAAGUCCUCGACGGGCUGCUCGGCCCGGUCGCCAAUCAGUCGGUCCCUGUGGCGGCGCAGCUUGCGGCUGCUGGCCUCCAGCUCUCGCUCGCCGACCUGGUGCCGGGACUAGAUGUGCUCUCAGGCCUCGAUACCGGCGCGACCUCACCCGACGGCGACAACUCGACCAACAUCGGCCUCUCGUGGGACUAUGCUGUCAUCGACGACAUCCAGUCGCCCGGCGGCAAGUUCCCGGACGCGCUCGGCAACGUUGUCCUCAUUGACUCACAUCAGUUUGAAAAGGUGCUGCUUGCCCAGAUCCGCGAGCUCAUCGCCAACCCGCUGGUGGUCCUUGGCUUGCAGGCACUCGAGACCCAGGCCGGGCUCACCGUCCCCAUCGUGGACACCAUUACCGACUUUCUCGCAGACUUUCGCAUGGAGGACUACGCGCUCACCGUGGCUGCCAACUACCGCGCGCGAGAGACGGCGUACGUCAAGACCACGGAUGAGGGCCUCAAGACCGAGAUGGCGUACUUUGCCAACGAGAUCUACGGCCUCGUUGGCUACAACUCGUCAGUCGACAUCGAACUGCCCAUCUACCUCGCCCUCGAAGGCACUGAGAUCAUCCGGCUCUUCCUCGACCAAAUCUUCAACUCGGUCGUCUUUGUCAUCUCGCUCCUCUCUGCGCUGCUCAUCUACUCGCUCAUGCUCUCUAACGUGGAAGAGAAAACGUUCGAGUACGGCAUGCUCCGCGCGCUUGGCAUGCGCCAGCACGCGCUCAUCUUUCUGCUUGUUGUCCAAGCGCUCUCCUUUGCAAUUCCUGGCAUCAUCAUUGGAUGGGCGGUGGCGUUUGUGGUCGACCUCAUUCCGGCGUGGCUCAUUGCGGAGUUCUCGGACACCGAUGCGCGGUACGGGAUCAACCCGACGCCACUCUACCUCUCGCUCGCCAUCGGGCUCAUUGUUCCGCUCCUCGCCAACUGGGUGCCCAUCCGGCGGGCUCUCUCGUCGACGCUCCGCAACGCGCUCGACGUCUACCACCAGACCAACUCCGAGACGGUGGUCCGGGUCAUCAAGCUCGAGUCGCUCGGUCUCUCGGGCUGGCAGACUGCGCUGGCCGUGACGCUUGUCGGCGUCGGCUUUGUCACCUACUACAUGAUCCCGUACGCGUUCACCUACAACGACUUUGGCCUCCUCCUCACCAUCCUUAACGGCAUCCUGCUCGGCAUUGUGCUCGGCCUCGCCAUGGUUGCCCAGGUCCUCCAGCCGUACACCGAGUGGGCCUUUCUCUGGAGCAUGGUGUGGGGAACCGAGACUCGGCUCGCCCCGCUCAUCCGCAAGAACCUCGGCGGCCAUCGGUCGCGCAACCGCAAGACCGCCCUCAUGUUCACCACCUCGCUUGCCUUUCUCAUCUUUGCCGGCUCGCUCUUUGCCCUACAGGAGGCGCUCAUCAAGGACCUCAUUGCCGGCUUCUUUGGAUCGGACAUUGCUGUCCUCUCGUUUGCCUGGGAGCACAUGCUCAACGAAGACGCACUCCGCGACUUUCUCGACGACAAUCUAGGCACGCUCGUCGCCUCGUUCUCGUUUGGCACCCAGAGCAUCGACCUCUCGGACCUCAUGUCCAAGUCGCGAAUGUCGUCCAUCGUCGACUUUCCACGCGUCUCGCAGCCCCUCCACGCCAUCGACGCCAACUGGCUCCAGACCGCCUACACCAAGUACUACAUACCGACCGAGGUCGCAGAAGGCUUUGACUACGCCCAAACAUCCAACGGCAAGGACGACGUCGCGGCCUCGCUCUACACACACGCCGGUACCGCACGCCUCUCCAUCGAGCCGGCCCGCAUCUCCGUCCCGCUCCCGCUCGGCUCUGGCUAUGACAGCAACCGCGGUGCGGUGAACCGCUCGGCCGAGCUCGAACUCUCAUACACCCAGUACUUUGACACCAUUGUCUCCGAGUCGCUCCGCGACCGGGUCUCGCUCGAUGUCGACACGCCGCAAGCGCUCACCCUCCGCUACGAUGUCUCCGAGUCGGCCACGGUCUCGUACAAGCGGCUGGGCAAGGCCCGGGCCAUGGUCCGCAAGUUCCCAGGCUUUUUCGUGUCGUCGUACCGCCAGUUUGCACCGUUCAACCCCAUCCUCAUCCGGUUUGAUCAGUAUGCGGAGGCGCUCGAGCGGGCAUACAAUCUCACCUCGCUCCAGUCCAAGCUCCCGCAGCCGGAGCGCGGCGUCGCGCCCAAGGGCUCGCUCAUUGUCCGCAUGAGCACCGGCGCGUCGACCGAGGACCGCGAAUCCAUCGUCAACGGCAUGCGUAACUUUAUCCAGAACGACCUCAUCCAAGUCAUCGACGUCGUCGAGCUGAUCAAGUCGACGUCGAUCGCCACCGAAAUGCUCCAGCUCUUCUUCAUCAUUGUCUCGGUCAUCACCUCGCUGCUCUGCUUCUUUGUCCUUUUCCUCUCGUUCACCGCCAAUGUCAAUGAGAACUCGUGGGAAAUCGGCGUACUCCGCGCUCUCGGGCUCUCGUCGGCCCAGGCGCUGCGGGUGUACAUCUACGAGGCGCUCUCGCUCACGCUCGCCUCCAUGGUCAUGGGCACCAUCAUCGGCCUCCUCACCGCAGUCGCCCUCACGCUUCAGAUGGGCCUCUUUACCGAGUCGCCGUUUGUCUUCCAGUUCCCGACGCUUCUCUUUUGCGUCGUCGUCGUCCUCUCCAUCGGCGUCACACUCAUUGGCUCGUGGCUCCCGGCCCGCUCCAUCAUGGGCAAGGAAAUCGCCAUCGUGCUCAAAGAGGCGUAGUCGCACCCCCGCCGGGGCUCAGUACCUCGGCUGACGGCUCAUACCCCAGCAGCAGCCCGUACCGCGCCAUGUCCUCUUCUAGUCCGCGCUGCAUAAACUCGAGCGGCCCGCCAGGAA